GUUAUAUCCGCGCGUAUGCAAGUGCAAGUUUUUUUUUCUUUUUUCAGCCACUGCGGCAUCCCACAGCAGGAGCGAACGAGAUCGAGAGUUUGUGUUUGAGUAUCAGCACUACAAUAGCGCUCCCUUGGAACAAUUUAAGAUGACGAGAGCUAAAUGAAAAAUUGAAGAAAUCACUCAUCAUACAACAACUAGGGAUCAACCCAAAUAAGCAGAGCACCGCCGUGAUCUACCUAAUUUCCUAAAACAAGCUGCAGGGCUUUAG